AUGGGUUCCCAAUUUCUUCUCACUUGUGUGUGUUUCUGGCUGCCCUUGGCCAGUUUCACCAUCUCCGUGGCUUCACAGAAGAGUACUACAGGGCCUGGAAAUGUCAUUGAAGGCAACGUUUUUAUAAAUGGAACAACUUCAAUUGGAAGGAUAGAUGAUGAUUUUGUCUGUGCCACUCUAGAUUGGUGGCCUCCUGAGAAAUGUGACUACGGAACAUGUAGCUGGGGCAGAGAUUCUUUGCUUAAUCUAGACCUUAACAACAUAAAAUUCUUGAAUGCCAUCAAAGCUUUUUCUCCCCUCAAAAUUAGAUUAGGUGGGACCUUACAAGAUAAGGUAAUAUACGAGAAAACAGGCAAUGGACAACCGUGUAGCCCAUUUGUAAAAAAUAAUUCGGAGUUUUUAGGUUUCUCUCAAGGCUGCUUACCUAUGACACGCUGGGACGAACUCAGCGUUUUCUUCAAGAAAGCCGGGGCUGUUGUUGUUUUUGGUCUUAAUGAACUAAGCGGCAAGACUAUAGAUUCCCAAGGUCCUGCUGUAGGAGCUUGGAAUUCCAGUAAUGCUGAAUCUCUUAUACGAUAUACUGUAAACAAGGGCUAUAAUAUCAUUCAUGGUUGGGAGCUAGGAAAUGAACUGAGUGGGAAUGGAAUUGGGGCAAGAGUUUCAGCAGACCAAUAUGCAUCCGACAUCAAUUCUCUCCAAAACGUAGUGCAAAAUAUUUAUGCUGGUUUUAAAGUUAAACCACAAAUCGUGGCACCAGGAGGAUUCUUUGAUGCAACUUGGUUUUCAGAUUUCAUAAAGAAAACACCUAAAUCUCUUCAAGUGGUCUCCCACCACAUUUAUAACCUUGGUCCAGGAGUUGAUGAUCACCUUAUUGAGAAAAUCCUAGACCCCUCUAGUUUGGACAGCACAUCGCAGACCUUUAGUAUCCUUCAAAGCAUUCUGAAGAAGAGUGGGACACAAGCCGUUGCAUGGGUUAGUGAAGCAGGCGGGGCUUAUAAUAGUGGCCAUAAUCUUGUCACUAAUGCUUUUGUUUUUAGUUUCUGGUAUUUGGACCAACUCGGGAUGGCAUCAUCUUUUGAUACCAAAACAUACUGUAGACAAACAUUGGUUGGUGGAAACUACGGCCUACUCAACACUUCCACCUUUGCUCCAAAUCCUGAUUACUACAGUGCCCUUCUUUGGCACCGUUUGAUGGGAAACAAGGUUCUGUCCACAAGAUUCUCCGGGACAAAUAAAAUACGUGCUUAUGCUCACUGCUCAAAGAAAACGAAAGGAAUCACAUUGCUCUUGAUCAACCUAGACGGUAACACUACAGUUCAAGUGCGUGUUUCGACUGAAAAUAAUUCUGGCGGAACCAAGAAUUCGAGUAUGCAUGAAAUUCAAAUUCCAAGAACAAGAUUUGCUACAAUGCAUCGAGUUAGAGGGUCUAGACGUGUUAACGAAACAAGAAAAGAAUAUCACUUAACAGCAAAAGAUGGGGAUUUACACAGCCAAACAAUUCUUUUAAAUGGGAAAAUUCUAAACAUCGAUUCAUCUGGGCUUAUUCCACCCCUAAUACCAAUAGAUGUGAACCAAUUAGAUCCAAUAAUUGUCGCCCCUUUCUCUAUUGUAUUUGCUCAAAUACCGUAUAUCAAAUUCUCCGCGUGUAAUUAG